UACUUCUUCAAGCCGAUCGUCCUUGGUGGGCUUGUUUGUUUGGUCAAUGGUCUAUUCUUUUUGCCCAGUUUCUGCCACAUCCUUAUGUCUGUCGACGAAGCCCCCGGGAAUCCAGGAACUUCUUCACCUGUUCCAUCUUCUGGUUUCCUGGUUGAACACAAGCCCGAAUCCUGUCAACGCAGGAGCUCACAGGAUGACUCCCCACUCAACUCCACCACCCUCUUGAACGAUAAUGUAAGUUCCAACUAUUAA